ACUGGAAGGAGUGUGUGUUUUGUGGGAUAGUAUGGAGCAAUUGAUUGUUUUACCAACCUUUUUUUUUACACCUCGUUCGGCACUCCCCAUUUACAGAUCCUUUUUUUGGUGGAACAGCCAGAAGGGAAAUUCUAAGCGUUGUGUCGUUUUAUGGCAGCAUUAGUGAAUUAUAGUAGCUCGGAUUCGGACACGGAUGUGAGCUCUAAUGAAAUUGAAAAUGCACCAAGUCGACCAAAGUUGAGCUUGCCGGAGGAAUUCGAGAACAAAUAUAGAAGUUCCCCGCGGUUACUAGAUGACCCUGUGUUUCAUCAAGGAAGAAAACGGACUUUCGCUCAUGUUGAAGGGGCAUGGACAACUCAAUCAUUCAUAGAAGUGAAGCUGACGCGAUCACUGAGUAGUCAACUUCAGCAGAUUCUAAAAUCCGAAAUUGCAAUUGAAGAAAGAGAUGACGGUACGCCAAAAAGCAAUGAUUGGGUACCUCUAUUUUUUAGUGAGCUAGGUCUUGCUAAACCGCUUCAUCUGACUCUUUCGUCUAUGGAUUGUUUGGAUUAUGAGAGUAAAGAAUCCUUUCGCGUUCAGUGGAAACAAACCCUGUCCUCGGCUCAUUUUCAACCGUUUUCAAUUCAGCUUGGAAAGGUUUUGUACUUGGUUAACGAGCAACAAACACGAGGUUUUCUUGCAUGGAGAAUUCAUUUCGAUGAGCACCACUUGAAGCCACUGUGCCAGAAAAUAAAUGAUCUUAAUAUUUCUUUCGGAAUGCAACCAUUACGACCAGACUUUAUUCCCCACAUUUCCUUUUGCUGGCGAAAGACAAAUCCCAAGGAAUGCGAAGCAUGGUCAUCAGCAAUAUCACUUUAUGAAGUCCCAUCAAAAUUCGAUAAUUUAGUAUCUGCAAUUGAGGAUCUUCUCAAGUCGAACAACACAAAUAUACCCGUGAAAUCUGUAAAACUGUCUACGGGUGGUUAUUUGGACACCUUAGAACUGAAGGAACCAUACUAACCCGUCGUCAUUUUUCUUUUAAGAUAUGUGUUCAAGUGAGUUUUAUAUUCAGCGAGACAUCGGAUGCGCCGAAGAAAACAGCAUUCGACGAAUGCUUCUCCUACUAUAUAUCCAUUUAACGAAAUCCGUCUCUGUUUUUUUUCAACACUUUCAUUAUUCAUCUCUUUUUCCCAACUUGUCCAAAAUUCGUUUAAAAAAGACGAAAUUUUUUUUCUACAAUCUUUCGCCUUCAAUAAAUACCCUGGCAGGGUUUCUCUUUAAAACGCGUAGUUUCUCCAGCGCAAUUGCAUUUUGUAUAUCAUAGUAACCUG